CGUCUCAACUUUCUCUCUCUAUUUCUCUUUUUAUUUCACAUUUCAUUUUAUUCAUUCAUCAUUCUUCAACUUCUAAGAAAAAACACAACACAAAUUUCUUAUCAAAAACAAAGAACAAGAAGAAGAAGAAGAAAAAACAAGUCAACCCGAUUCAUAUGGAGGGCAUUAGAGAAAAUGAGGAGUGGACUGAUGAGAAACACAGCAUGUAUAUAAAGUCUAUAGAAGCAUCUUUUGUUAAUGAUUUAUACGAUUCUAAGCAACCAGGAGCUUCUUUUUCCAGCAAAGGAAGGCCCAACGAAUCUACUACUGGCCAGUUCAAGGUUCUUCGAGGUGGUUGUUGGCAAAAGCUCAAUUUUGAGAGAGAAAAUCCACAAAUGAGUAAAGUUAAUCCACACAAUGAUUUUAUUGCAAGUCCAUGGAUUCAACACUAUCGAUCUUCAAUCAAACAAGAAAGUGCAGUAGCUCCAUCCCCUACAUCUCAACAAGUUGUUACUUCAAGCCAAAGGAAGAAAAUUUCCUCAAAAGCAGGACAUCUUCAUAUGUAUGAAUCACAAGUUUAUCAUGAAAAUAUGAUUUGUAGUGACACAGAAGUGUCGGAUCAAAACUUUGUUGACGAAGAAGUGAAAUGUGAAAAGAAAAACACAAGCAACGCGAAACGACGAAAAUCUUUGGAUUUUUGAUGCAAAUGGAAAUGAUAUGAUGGUUUCUAUGAGCAAAUCUUCUUCCAUUGGAGAUGUUACCAGGAAUGUAUUAUUUCUGCUGCAUAGAAUAUGAGGGUUUAUCAAAAUGAAACGUUCUUAGGCAGCAACAAGCAGAGGAGUUGACAAAAAUUACACAAGCUAAUGGUUGGAAAUUGGAAUUAACUUAUUAUUGGAAACUUAAGAUUAAACUCUUUGUAUGUGUAAGAGUAAACCGUUAUUUUGGUUCUUAAAUGUAUGAGGCGUUAUCAGUAUAUAAUAUCUUGUAACGAAGUUACAAACACAUGCUUAGUAUCUCUUAUGUUAAUAAUUUUAUGGCUUAAA